ACCACAACAUGUACCAAGACUCUGUUUUACAAACUGGCAUCAUCGGCAGAUUAUAAGUGCUUCUGGUACUUCUGAUUUGUACUUGGCAUAGCUGCAGAUCAGUUAUGGUGGAAAAGGAUGAUUGCAAUUCUUCUUUGACAGCAAUCAGGGUCCUGCGAGUGUCCCUCGUGGAUGAACUGGAAGGGUGGAUUGACUCACUGCUAGAGGUUUUAGUGUGUCAAGAUGUUUUCAAUUGUGACGACUGUGAGGUGGUGCUGUGUCAGUUGGGGCCGCGUUCAAGAGUAAGGAAGGUAUUGGAUAUCUUGGAGUGCAAAGGUGAGGGGGCAAUCAAGAUUUUUCUCACAAUUAGAAGUCAUCGUCAGCAGGAGGCACAGACACACUCCAAGGAAGUCAACAUUCAGCCUCAGUCCAUAGAGUACAAUAAAGUCAAACAAAAGCAUAAAGAUGUCCUCAGACGCCGAAGUGAGAACAUGCUCCUCUACAACACUCGACAUGGAGAGAAAAUACUUUUUUCCAAACAUUAUGUCAAUCUUUUAUUAGUUGACGGACACCAGGGCUUGGAGACGAGAAGACAUGAGGUUCUAACAUUUGGACAGAAGCGACUCUCUAUGCAACACAAGUCAGAAAUACACAAGAAAAUUGCACCAGCAGAACUCUUUUCAAGCCCAAAUAGAGACCGUCCAGUCAGGAAGGUUCUCGUCAAUGGGGUGGCCGGCAUUGGAAAAACCAUCCUGGUGCAGAAGAUGCUUUAUGACUUUGGCAGAGACAAGGGACAUGUUUCAUUUGAUUUUAUCAUCCACAUGACCUUCAGAGACCUGAAUCUGAUUGAGAAACCCACAAACUUUCGAGAGUUGAUUUUGCGAAAAUACAGACACCUCGCCAAAGAACUUGACAGCAUUUUGGCCAAUGACAACAAACUAUUGAUUAUCUUGGAUGGCUUUGAUGAGUUCAGACACUACAGAAGCUGUGAUGUAGACAUUUUUGUGACUGAGCCAGAUGAUGAUGCAGAGGUAGUGGAGAUAGUAGGGAGUCUGAUACAGGGUGAACUUCUGCCCAACGCUUCUGUCAUAGUAACAAGUCGACCAGCAGCCUUCAGCCACAUCCCAGUGGGCUGCAUUGACCGCUUCGUGCUCAUUACUGGUUUCUCCCUGACUGAAGUUCAAGAUUUCUUUUUACGUUAUUUCCAAGACAGUGCCCUUGCAGAUCAAAUGUUUGCAGUUGUUUCAGCAAAUGAACUCAUGCUAACACUGUGCUACAUCCCUGCCUUUUGCUGCAUUGUCUGUUGCAUCCUGAAUGAAAGCAAAGAUCUCUUUGGAGAAAAGCCUAAAACAAUGACAGACAUUUAUGUGCAGUAUCUGGUGGCUUUGAUUUGCUCUCACACUCAGUCAAGAGCUGAAACAUCUCUUCAAGUGCAAAAAGAAGGGGGCACACAGAAGCUGUCUGAUGUAGUCCUGAAACUGGGUCGCCUUGCCUUCCACAAGCUGAUGGAGCAGCAAACACUAUUUUACAGCAGCGAUCAAGAUCUUGCAGCGUUAGAGGGAUGCAGCCUUGUUAGCACUUUCCUUGACAAGACAUUAGCACAAGAGCCUGGCUGCACAGAUGAAGUUUAUUCAUUUGCACACCUUACUGUUCAAGAGUUCUUUGCUGCAGUUUACUGUGCAGUGACAGAUCACCCACUACCAGACACACUUCAACCCACUGUAUGUCCUACAGAGAGCACAACCAAUGGACAUUUAGACCUUUUUAAUCGAUUCCUGUCUGGAAUCCUCUCUGAACGCAAUGCUAAUCUCCUUUCAAGACAGUUAGGGCUAUGUUACCACAAAGAAAAAGCGGGCACUUAUCGCCGGAGCAUCAUCAGAGAACUUACAGCGCUCUGUGACAGUGGAGCCCAUAUCCUAAAUCAUUUACACUGCCUGUUUGAGCAGCAGGACCCUGCUUUAGCCAUUGCCGUGCAACCAAAGAUGCUACGGGUAAAUGUUAGUGAUGAAACACUUUCCCAAAUGGAUUACAAUGCCAUCAAGUACUUCCUUAAUCUCACAAAGGGCAAAAUAUCAGAGUUAGAUCUGACAGGUACUGGAGUAAGCUGUGAGGCUCUACGGGAUAUCCAACCCCUGCUCUUUCGAUGUGAGAAUCUUUGGCUUGGAGAAAACAACCUUGAUAUGGACACAGUUCAGGUCGUUGCUGAGGUGCUGCAAGUAUCAGACAGUUUAACCCAUCUGGGAAUUGGAUGGUCAAACAUUGGCGAUGAUGAACUGCUGACACUUACUCAUGCGAUACGGAUUAAAAAAUCUCUUGAAGAAUUGUGGAUGGAGGGCAACAGAGUGAGCCCCAGAGGUCUUCUGUCACUCAAUGACUUGACACCAUAUCCUCUGAAAAAAGUUGUGGCCAUUUGGAAUGACCUGAACGACAAGGAGCCAGAGUCCUGGUGCAGCCAAGAAAGCAUUACUGUGACCUUCACAGAUGAUGAAGAGACGUGGGAAGCGUGGGGGGAGUGGGUCUUCAGGCGCUGUAAAGUUAGCAGCAAUGACAAACUACUGAUGGUACUCCAUAAAGUGUGCAACAUAUCGGUCCACUGCUUAGAAACCAAGUGGGCAAGGACCUUCUACAAGCAACUAUCUCAGCUCAUCAAGCACAGGAUUGAGUCCUGCACUGAGGACGACAUAUGCAAAAAGCUCAAAAAGUUUGAGAAUAUUCUGAACCUCUGACUAAUGUCAAAAGUUUAUUCUCACCACCAUCUGUAAAAUAAAAAAUUCC